GGCAGUAUUGCACCCCCUUGGCAGCUGUGGGUAGUGUGCACUGCCGUCCACUAGGCGUCAGCACCAAACGGCUCCAAGGAACCGGAAGCGGCUCUCGCGGCUUCAUUUCUCCUUGUGGAGGGAGGCAAGAUGGGUCAGUGAGAAACGUGAAGUGAAAUCCGAAUUACAAAUAAUAAUAAUAAUAAUAAUAAUAAUCUAAAUACCUUAAAUAAACAAACACAUGAAUUUAACCCCAGUGCAGGGGAAUGCGAGCGGGAUACAUAUAAAACAUGAAGCGAGAUGUCAGGAUACUUUUGCUGGGAGAACCCAAGGUUGGGAAGACGUCCCUGAUCAUGUCCCUGGUGGGGGAGGAGUUUCCCGAGGAGGUUCCUUCCCGUGCAGAAGAAAUCACCAUUCCAGCAGACGUGACGCCGGAGAAAGUCCCCACACACAUCGUCGAUUAUUCAGAGGCAGAGCAGUCAGAUGAGAUCCUGCAUGAGGAGAUCGUCAAGGCCAAUGUGAUUUGUGUGGUGUACGAUGUAACCAAGGAGGCUACCAUUGAAAAGAUCAGAACGAAAUGGAUCCCUUUAGUAAACGGAGAAGCUGAAAAGGGAAAGAAAGUUCCAGUCAUCCUGGUUGGGAAUAAGUCUGAUUUGCAGUCGGGAAGCUCCAUGGAGUCCAUACUUCCCAUUAUGAACCAGUUCUCCGAGAUCGAGACCUGUGUGGAGUGCUCUGCGAAGAACCUGAAGAACAUCUCUGAGCUUUUCUACUAUGCUCAGAAAGCUGUGCUGCACCCCACCGCACCCCUGUAUGACCCUGAGGAGAAAGAGCUGAGACCUCUGUGUGUUCGAGCCCUGAGCCGGAUCUUCACCAUCUCGGACCAGGACAGCGACGGGAUCCUCAGCGACGAAGAGCUCAACUUCUUCCAGAAAUCGUGCUUCGGCAGCCCGCUGGCCCCUCAAGCUCUGGAGGAUGUGAAGAGUGUGGUGUGGAAGAACACCGGCGAGGGCGUGCAGGACAACGGGCUCACACUGACCGGGUUCCUGUUCCUGAACACGCUGUUCAUCCAGAGGGGCCGGCACGAGACCACCUGGACUAUCCUGAGGAAGUUCGGCUGCGACGACUCGCUGGAGCUCACGGACGACUACCUGUACCCUCCACUGCGAGUCCCCCACGGCUGUACCACUGAGCUGAAUCACUUCGGCUACCAGUUCAUCCAGAAGCUGUUUGAGAAGUAUGACGUGGAUAAGGACAUGGCUCUGUCUCCGUCUGAGCUGAAGAAUCUGUUCAGCGUGUUUCCUUACAUGCCCUGGGGCGCGGACGUCUAUUCCACGGUGUGCAGUAACGAGAAGGGGUACAUCACCCAGCACGGCUAUCUCUGCCAGUGGACGUUGACGGCGUACCUGGAUGUCCAUCGAUGUAUGGAGUACCUGGGAUACUUUGGGUACCCGGUUCUCACAGAGCAGGAGUCCCAGACUGAAGCGAUAACAGUCACUCGGGAUAAGAAGGUGGACCAGGAGAAAGGACAGACCCAGAGGAACGUGUUCCUCUGCAAGGUCAUCGGACCCAGAGGCACGGGGAAAUCCGCGUUCCUGCAGGCCUUCCUAGGCACGAACCUGACGAAACAGCAGAGCGCUGCAGGAUUGUCUUCCUGCUACACUAUCAAUACCGUGCAAGUCAACAGCCAGGACAAGUAUUUAAUUCUGUAUGAAGUGGAUGUUGACACAGAGUUUCUGAAAGCCUCGGACGCAGCCUGUGACGUGGCCUGCCUGAUGUACGAUGUCAGUGACCCCAAGUCCUUUAACUACUGUGCCAGCAUCUUCAAGCAACACUACAUGGACAGCGGGAUCCCUUGCGUGCUCGUGGCCUCCAAGGCGGAUUUGCCGGAGCAGAAGCAGCAGCACGGUCUGUCUCCCUCGGAGUUCUGUUACAAGCAUCGGCUCCCUCCUCCCGUCCCCUUCUCCUGCUUGGGACAGGACUCUCCCAGCACACUCCUCUACUCCAAGCUGGCUCUGGCUGCGAUGUUCCCGCACCGUAAUGGCUCAGAACUCAGCACAACUUCCUUCUGGCUGCGGGUGACACUGGGAGCUGCUGUGUUCACAGUCCUGGGCUUCACAUUCUACAGAGCCUUCCUCAAACUGAAAUAGAGACGGACACGGUUCCUCCCUGACUGCAGAAAGACUGGCCAGUUCAACACGCCACACACGCCUUGUGGGUCGACAUAAACGCUGGAAACUAAACUCUACAGAGUAGAGAACGGCUGGUCAUUUAUAUAACAAAAUAUUGAUUUCUCCUACCUUCAGAAGCAAGCCCCAAAGCCUUAGUCUUUUCAAGUAGAUAAUAAUAAUAAUAAUAAUAAUAAUAAUAAUACAUUUUUAAAAAAGCAUUUAACCUUGCAGAUGCUGCUUUCUACGGAAUGGCCCCGAUAAUCUCAUCUUUAUAGAAUGAUUUGCCAACUCAUACACUUUCCGUAAUCUACAGAAUAAAAAUGUUAAACUCAAUAAACACAUGGCCUGCAUAAAUUAAGUGAUUUAAUAAAGAACGAGUAAUCGAACAUUAAGGAACGGCAAAUACAUUGUUUCCGCUGUCUGCGGAAGCAAGUGAUUAAUUUCACCCCCUUACCUUACCGUCAUGCAUGACUCACUACCUACAAGACCGCUAACCCCAUUCAGUAACAGUAACACAGAUCGCACAUGCGUACAGUGCACAGUUCAUCUGUCACUUCACACAAGGUGCUGAAACGCAUACAGCAAUGGAAACGAGGAAUACUUACCCCCGGUGUGGGGGUGUCAAAGGCUUGUUUGAACGCACGGUGGGGACUUCACACUCUUCCAGUGGUCCAGUAAAGGAAUGUGUACAGGACAGAACGCUGCCCGGGAUGUGAAAUACCGAUUCAUCUUCCGUGUUUAUCGUUCCCUGUUGAAACAAGCCUGUUCCAUCUCCAGCUGUAUGUCAGUGUCUGUCUAAAACGUUGUUCAGCUAAUUCAGAAAGGGUUAUUGAUGCUCAUUGUAGUUUCCCUCGCUUUCAUUUCUCCUGCACUCUACCUGGAUCGUGCACAGCAAAUAAUGUACACUUGUGUGAAACGUUGUUAAAAUCUCUGCAAAAUGCACUGUGCGUGGUAUUGCACUGACCCCUAACACUGUAAUGAUCUCAAGAUGCAGAGUUUGGGGGAUGGAAGAUGCAGAAUCUUUUUUUUGUUGUUGUUGUUUUAGUUCAGAAGCAUUUGUUUUUAUUUCAGAUCAAGAUUUUAAUGAUUUUUAUCCUAAAAGCUCAUCGAUAUUUUUGUUAGUUUUGUGAAACGAAUUGAAGAAUGAGUUUCCAUUAAUAACAUUUUUUUUUAUUAUGAUUAUUUGUAUUUUUUAACAUGCUGAACAUCCCCUGAAUGUACUGCAAAAUCAAAUCCCACCGCCAAGGACAAAACUGAACCUUGAAAUGAAACAGUAAUAGCAGACUGUCCGGAUCUAAGGGGGUGUCGUGAAGGGUCUCAUUGCUCGGAGAAGUCAAAUAAAGAAAUUGGUCUUUUGCAGUAUUUCUGAGGGGGGGUGUCAGGCUUCAUCUUUAGACUGAUUGUUUUACAUGUAAUUAGGGAAGGGGUUCCUUGAAGACAGUUGUAUUUGGUUCAUUAAUUUACACUUUGAAAAUCUGGCCCCAAGUAUUUUGGAUAAACCUGUCUUUUUUUUACUUCUCUGCCCAUGCAGUGUCCCGAGUCGAGUCCUUUUCUCUUGCUGUCUUGUCGAGGCCCUGGCUUGUCACUAGUCUUCUGUUUUCUUUCCUGGUCUGAUGUAACUUUAUUUCAGUCAGUUUCUGGAGCGUGACCUGCUUGCUCUGUUUAAUUUCUUCUUGCUGUACACACUGAGGCACAUCCAACCGCCAUGCUGUCUUCUCGUUUUUAUUUCAUAUCGAAUCCUGGUAAAGGUGGUGUUUCUACUCUUGACUCUUGUGUUGCUGUUGGAUUGUUUUUUGUGUGUGGAGGUAAAGGGAUGCUUACUUCUUGUUUUCUGUAAUGAGAUCUGAAAGCCAUAAUAUUUUAACAGAAGAACUUUUUUUUUUCUAAAUAAACAAACAUGUUUACAGAAACUGUAUGAUUUUGAUUUAGGGUGGUUGUGUUUUUUUAACUUUUUUUCAACACAGAUAUUUUGGUGAAUGGUUUGUUGAAAAAUGCAAAGUGGUGUUUUUUUUUUCUAUAAAUCACUAAAUGACUUUAUUGCCUGCUUUGGUUUUAAGCAGCGGUGACCCAAACACUCAAGCAGCUUUUGCAAAUGCUUGUUUGCACAGUAUCCUAAAUUACCCAAAUUACCCAUAUUUGAAUUCGCAUAGUUUCCAGGUGUUUGUUAGGAUUUCGUAAUGUAUUUAUUUGUAAUGCACAUUGGCACAAUGUGAUAUAAUGCACAUGUAACGCAAUUUGACUUCUCUAAUAAGAUGCAUUAAUAUAUA